GAAUUAAUAGGCAUCAUUAAUCGAUCGACGAUCCCCGAGUUCUCUUCACGGUGGUUCUGCUCUCUGCUCGACUCUUACAACCGCUCGUCUUUUAGAGAAAUGGCAACAACAGUGAAGCUCAACACCGGUGCCCAAUGUCCCAUUGUGGGACUGGGCACGUGGAAGUCGACCGAAGGGAAGGUCACAGAGGCCGUGAAAGCCGCCAUCUCGGCCGGCUACCGGCACAUUGAUGGAGCGUUCAUCUACCAGAACGAGACAGAGGUUGGAGAGGGGGUCCAAGCCAUGAUCAAGGAUGGCGUGGUCAAGAGAGAAGAUCUUUUCAUGGUUAGCAAGCUGUGGUGCACUUUUCAUGGAAAAUCCCUGGUGAGACAAGCCUGCGAGAAGACCCUAAGUGAUCUUAAACUGGACUAUCUAGACCUCUAUCUAGUGCACUGGCCCAUGGGAUUCAAGGCUGGCAGUGAGCUUUUCCCUCUGGAUAGCGCAGGAGAGACAAUCAGUGAUGAGACUUCCCUCCUGGAGACAUGGGAGGGAAUGGAGGAGCUGGUGGAUGCAGGUUUGGUCAAAGCUAUCGGGGUGUCCAACUUCAACAAGGCACAGAUUGAAGCUAUCCUCAACAAGCCAGGGCUCAAAUACAAACCUGCCAACAACCAGGUCGAGUGUCAUCCAUACCUGACCCAGGAGAAGCUGAUCGACUUCUGCCACUCUCAGGGCAUCUCGGUGACGGCUUACAGCCCCCUGGGCUCCCCUGACAGACCCUGGGCUAAACCUGGAGACCCCUCACUGCUGGAAGAUCCCAACAUCAAAGCCAUUGCUGAGAAGCACAAGAAGACACCUGCCCAGGUCCUGAUCCGCUUCCACGUCCAGAGAAACGUGAUCGUGAUCCCCAAGUCGGUCACACCUCACCGCAUUCAGGAGAAUUUCCAGGUGUUUGACUUUAAACUAUCUGAGGAGGAAAUGAAAGCCAUAUUAGGAUUUAACAGGAACUGGAGAGUCUGUCCCAUGCAAUCGAGCACAAAGCACAAGGACUACCCGUUUAAUGCUGAGUUCUGAAGUGGAAAAAUGCAGAGUUUCCACAGGAGUUCACCUCUCCAACUUCUCCAAGACUCGCUUUGCUCUUCUUUUGAGUGGUUUGCAAAAGAAGUGUAGCCUUGUAGCAGACUUUCAAUGACCUGUUACCUGUUUAACUUACCAACACUGCCUCCAAACACUCCAAAAUGAUUUUUACAUCAAAUAAGAGAUGCUCACUGAUCCAGUCUAAGGCCAUUAUGUGUUUGUGGUUUGUACUAGAACAGAAGUAUGUGCCAUAAACAUAAAUCAAUAUUUUUGAAGUGAGUAAUCAUUCAGGGUUGAUUCUUAACACACAAUCACUUCGUUUAUACAUUUUAUUUGAGGUUUGACUUGAAAACUGACAAAAGUACGUACAGUACAUUCUGAUAUAUCCAAACUGAAGAUUUGAUCAGCGCUUGUUUUACAUGCAUUUGCCUUAAGAUACAUCAUAAGAGCUCUUCUCAUGUAGCUUUAUGCUAUUCCUACACUUUCACUCGGUAAGCUGGUUUCCAUUUGUCUCUUGACUGCAAAAACUGCAAAAUAAAAAGCACUAAAUCAUCUCUGUUACAAAAACAUGUUGCCUCGACAACGAUGACUUAAAGCACUUCCCUAUGUUACUUGUGAGUCACAUGUGACACUUUAAAAUCAUGUGUGUUUAGACUCUUACAAAAUUCCUCCUUUCACUUCCUGGUUGGGCUGUUUUUCAAACACUGAAAUAAAGUCUUGUGGGGAAAUUACA